AUGAUUUGUCAAGGCGGAUGCACAACAAGACGUAAUGAAGUUAGUAUUAGGAAUACUCGUGAGUCGUACGGUACGUCUGAGAGAAAACAACGAAUUUUUAUGUUGUUGACAAUUAUUAAUUACAUAAAAUGUGUAAGAUUUUUGAAUUACAAAUUACAGGGCAAAACUUUAAGAUUUGCAAAUUUAUUUCCAAACGUUAUAUUAUAUUUAUAAAUUUUAAUUUUAUGUCAAUUUUAUGUCAGCAGAGGUUAAUGAAUUAAACGAAAUAAUUUAUAAUAUCAAUCCAUCACGAAGAAUAUCGCAGAAAACGUCGAAACUUGGCUUGUAUCUUAUCGGGAUAACAGGAGGCAUUGCAACAGCUAUCAGUGUAAUAUGUAUUCCAUUUGUGAGCCCUGCGUUUCGCAAAGUAUGUUUACCUUAUGUACCAGCAACAUCUCAGCAAGUAAAAAAUGUGUUGCAAGCUUUAGAAGGACGUACCGGUUCUUUGAUUGAUCUUGGAAGUGGAGAUGGACGUAUAGUCUUUGCAACGGCAAAAGCAGGUUUUAAAGCCCAUGGAAUUGAAUUAAAUCCUUGGUUAAUAUGGUACUCCAGAUUGAAAGCUUUAAUCAAUAAAUCGUCGUCACAAACCAAAUUUAUAAAACAGAAUUUAUGGAAGCAUAACUUAGACAAAUAUAACAAUAUCGUCAUAUUUGGUGUUGAUCAAAUGAUGAAUGAUAUCGAAACAAAAUUUAUUAAAGAGUUGCAAGAAGAUUCUGUCAUAAUUGCUUGUAGGUUUCCACUUCCUACUAUAAGUGAAAUAAAAACAAUUGGCGAAGGUGUUGAUACCGUUUGGGUAUAUAAAAUUUCAAAAAAUUUAAAAUAGUAUAAUUAGAUAUAAAUUGAAAUAUUUAUAAACAUUGUAAAUAUGUAAUUACAAAUAAAUUAUUCCGUCUAUUCUCAUAAAUCAUGAUACAUACACGUUAUAAUUAGUUUUCAGCAGACUGUCGAAUAAAUAAAUUUUUAUAAUUUAUAUAUUAUAAAAUUUGCAUAUUAGUAUCUAUAUACAUUUUUAUCAGUUAAUUACAUAUUUUACAUUCAUAUAGUAUUUGUCAUAUAGUAUGGUUAUAUUCAUAUAUAUAAUUUUAAUAAUCUGAAUCUUAUGAUUAAUCAUAUUAUAAUAUUUAUAAAAUUUAAAUUUGAGUAUUUUUAAUAUUCUGUAAUGAAAAAUUGUGCUACUAGAUUUAAAAAUCCAAAUAUUGGAAUACUUAUGUGUAAUAACGUAGAAAAGAUCGUCAAUCUUUUUUGUUGUUUCAAAAUUGCCAGAUAUAAUAAACUUGGUAAAGUAAAGAUAUAAAUAAAACCGCUAAAGGCACCUGUAUAUCGUAUUAUUGUACCAAUAUAUGGUAUAAAUACUGCGAAUAAAAUGCAUAUAGAUACUAAAACAACAUUGAUUAAAAUAACAUAAUUUGUAUUAAAUGUCUUACAUAUUGACAUAAGUAAUUGAACACGUAGCAUAUAUGCAAGUAAUGGAUAAACAGUUAAUAAUUGAAAUAAAAGAACAAUUCGAACACCUACUGUUAAGCCGUUCCAUUUUUGAAAAUUAUUUAAUAAAUUCUGUAAAAAAAAAUCAAUUUUAUUUUUCAUCUUUUUUUUUCUAAUAGCAUGUUGUUUAA